CCCAGCCGGGACUUGAACGCUGAGAGGCGGGCUGGGCUGCGGCCAAUGGGCCGAGGGGAGUCGGGAAGGGGGCGGGCCCUCCCCCGGCCAAUCGGCGGGCGCGCCCUCCUUGCCGCUCUAUGCCGCUCCGCCCCGGCUCGCUGGUCCCAGAAGGCUCCGGGCUUCCCAAGAUGGCGGCCGACGUGUCCGUUACUCACCGGCCCCCGCCGAGCCCGGAGGCUGAGGCCGAGGUGGAGGCCGGCGAGGCCGCGGAGCGCCGGGUGCCCGAAGAGGAGCUGCCGCCGCUAGAUCCGGAGGAGAUCCGGAAGCGCCUGGAGCACACCGAGCGCCAGUUCCGUAACCGCCGCAAGAUACUGAUUCGGGGCCUCCCGGGGGACGUGACCAACCAGGAAGUGCACGACCUGCUCAGCGACUAUGAGCUCAAGUACUGUUUUGUGGAUAAAUACAAAGGGACAGCCUUCGUGACCCUGCUGAACGGCGAGCAGGCCGAGGCGGCCAUUGGCGCCUUCCACCAGAGCCACCUGCGGGAGCGCGAGCUGUCGGUGCAGCUGCAGCCCACGGACGCGCUGCUCUGCGUGGCCAACUUGCCCCCCAGCCUCACGCAGCAGCAGUUCGAGGAGCUGGUGCGGCCCUUCGGCAGCCUGGAGCGCUGCUUCCUGGUGUACAGCCAGCGCACGGGCCACUCCAAAGGCUACGGCUUCGCCGAGUACAUGAAGAAGGACUCGGCCGCCCGCGCCAAGUCGGACCUGCUGGGCAAGCCGCUGGGCCCGCGCACCCUCUACGUGCACUGGACCGACGCCGGGCAGCUGACGCCCGCCCUGCUGCACUCCCGCUGUCUCUGCGUGGACCGCCUGCCGCCUGGCUUCAGCGACGCAGACGCCCUGCACCAGGCACUCUCGGCUGUCCACACUCCCACCUUCUGCCAGCUGGCUUACGGUCAGGACGGGCAACUCAAGGGCUUCGCCGUGCUGGAGUAUGAGACGGCUGAGAUGGCCGAGGAGGCGCAGCAGCGGGCCGACGGCCUGGCCCUGGGGGGCAGCCACCUGCGCGUCUCCUUCUGUGCGCCCGGGCCCCCUGGCCGCAGCAUGCUGGCUGCGCUCAUCGCCGCCCAGGCCACGGCCCUCAACCGAGGCAAGGGGCUCCUGCCCGAGCCGAACCUCCUACAGCUGCUCAGCAACCUGGGGCCAUCCGCCUCCCUCCAGCUGCUGCUCAACCCCCUGCUCCAUGGCGGCACAGGGGGCAAACAAGGCCUUCUGGGGGCUCCCCCAGCCAUGCCGCUGCUCAGCGGGCCAGCCCUGUCCACGGCGCUGCUGCAGCUUGCUCUCCAGAGCCAGAGUCAGAAGAAGCCUGGGAUCCUGGGUGACUCUCCCCUGGGCACCCUGCAGCCCGGAGCCCAGCCGGCCAACCCCCUCCUCGGGGAGCUGCCCACAGCGGGGGGCCUGCCCCCAGAGCUGCCGCCCCGGCGAGGAAAGCCACCGCCCCUGCUGCCGCCACUGCUGGGCCCAUCUGGGGGUGACCGAGAAGCCAUGAGCCUGGGCCCCCCGGCUGCCCAGCUCACCCCGCCGCCCGCCCCCACAGGGCUCCGAGGCACGGGCCUCAGAAGCCUCCAGAAAGACAGCGGACCUUUGCCGACUCCCCCUGGGGUCUCGCUGCUGGGGGAGCCCCCCAAGGACUUCCGGAUCCCCCUGAAUCCCUACCUGAACCUACAUAGCCUGCUCCCGGCCAGCAACCUGGCGGCUAAGGAGGCCCGGAGCUGGGGGGGCACCGGGAGAAGCCACCGCCCAGCUGAGGGCCCCCUGCCUGCCCCCCCAGCCCCUGGAGGUGGUGGUGGCGGUAGCAAAGCCUUCCAGCUCAAGUCCCGCCUGCUCAGCCCCCUCGCCAGCGCCCGCCUGCCCCCCGAACCAGGGCUGCCCGACAGCUAUGGCUUCGACUACCCCUCGGACGUGGGACCCCGACGGCUCUUCUCCCACCCACGGGAGCCGGCCCUAGGGCCUCACGGACCCAGCCGACACAAGAUGUCCCCCCCACCGAGUGGCUUCAGCGACCGGAGUGGCGGGGGCGGCGGAGGGCCCCUCUCUCACUUCUAUUCCGGCUCCCCCACCUCCUAUUUCGCCAGCGGCCUGCAGGCCGGUCUCAAGCAGAGCCACCUCAGCAAGGCGGUCGGCUCCUCCCCGCUGGGCUCCGGAGAAGGGCUCCUGGGCCUCAGCCCUGGGCCCAAUGGCCACAGCCACCUGCUGAAGACCCCACUGGGUGGCCAGAAACGCAGCUUUGCCCACCUGCUGCCCUCACCCGAGCCCAGCCCGGAAGGCAGCUACGUGGGCCAGCACUCCCAGGGCCUCGGGGGUCACUAUGCAGAUUCCUACCUGAAGCGGAAGAGAAUUUUCUAAGGGGGCCGGCGCCAGAGAUGCUCAAGGGCCUGCAAUGAAUCGCUUUUGGGUUUUCUGGUGUUCCGUGUCCCCAUCCCCACCCCAAACCCCGGGAAUAGAAAAACUCUCUGAAAGACUUUUCUGACCAACCAGCCGGAGUCCCAGGAACGUGGGGGAGUCUGGGGCCCACUCCACACCUCUGGCCUGCUCCGGGCGCGGACACCCUACGGCCUUAAGAGAGGGGGGCCCCCAGCCUGCUCUCACCCCUCUGCCCACCUCCUGCCCUCCACCCACGUCGUUGCUCCUGUAUCUUGGCCUCUUGAGUGCCUUGGAGGGCUCCCUACCUCCCUUUUUUAACUUUGACAACUGACUUUUGUUUCCUUUUCUAAUUUUUAUCAUUUCAAAAAAAAAAAAAAAAAAACUGCCCAGAAUAAUAUCCCAA